UUUCCUCAGAGCUUUCCUGAGGAGGAAGCGCGGCGGCGGAUCGUGCUCCGCUUUCGGAAGAGGGGGAGCAAGCGAGCGAAGGGGAGGACUGAAGAAGUUCUAAGAUGGAUACCACAGUCGCGCACUGUUCUUACCAUCCUUCACAGUUGGAUAAGACUAUUUAUUAUAUCUUGACUGAAAACUAUCAUUAUGGCAGCAAGCUUUUUCAGGCAGGGAGUAUGUGUUAUUUGAAAGAACACAUAUACCUGCAGCACAUUAGCAGAAUAUCCACUCGCAUGUGGAGGUUUGUCAUGGAAGAAGAUGGUUCUGUGGUUACAAUGGAUGUUGAAAGUCUGCAGCCGCUAAAUGAGAGGAUGGCUGACUUCCUUUUGGCCAUUAGCGAUGUUCAGGAACGCUUGAACUGUUUUCUGGACAGGCAAGUUCUAGAUGCUGCCAUGAAGGCUGAACAAGGUCAACAGGUCUUGGUAGAUCUGGAUGAUCAGAUUUUCCCUGCUACCAUCUGCUAUAUCGGAAAAUUUCACAAGAGCCCUUUACCAUCAGGGGCCUAUCCAAUUUACUUUGGAGUGAAACUGCAGGGUGAUGGUGAAGGCAAGGGCCACUGCGCUGGCACCUACAACGGGACAGAAUACUUCAAGUGUAAACCGAGGUGCGGCCUUUUCCUGCCAUUUAACAAGCUGCAGUUUCUGCCAGCAUCAGAGAAUGACAAGGUGGAGGAGAAGGCAGAACAGAAGGUUGAGGGAAUCAUGCCGGUGAAAAUGGGGGAUACCGUCGGCUUUUAUCUAGAUGAUACCUAUACACGAGGAAUAGCAUUGGAAGUGUAUAAGAAAGGAAAUGACUGGAUGGUUAAAGUGUGUCCGGAGGAAGAAGGCUCGACAGAUGUUUUCCGAGAUAUCCCUCUGGAUUCGGUGGUGAAGGAGGAGCUGCUAUCCUUAGACACGGAUUCUGGGCUCCAGGAAUAUCUCAAGUGUAAGAGAAGCGAGAGUACAGAGAAUCUGGAAAACAAGACCCGCUCCCUUGAUGUGAACUCUGUGGUCCAGAUCAACUUAGACAAGGGAAAUGCUGUGACAGGGACUAUCCGCUGGAUUGGCUGCCUGCCUAAAACCCAGCAGAAAAUGGCUGGAGUUGAGUUGGACGAAGAGAAGGGUCUUUCAGAUGGGGAGUGGCAAGGUAUGCGCUACUUCACCUGCCCUCCCAAACGGGCCCUUUUUGUGAGGCUGGAGUCGUGCCAACCAGACUCGCGUUUCCAGGGGAACAAGGGCCUCUUCCUGGAGUCCUCUGCAUUCAGUGAUGUGAAUAGUCCAGCUGUUCUGAGCAACUCCCCUCCCCUGAGAAAUGAUGUGGCUGUGAAUGUCCUCAAAGGGCGGAUGAGGGGGAUCCAGGGCCACUGUAACUCCUGCUACAUGGACGCUGCCCUUUUCAGCCUCUUCUCCUGCACCUCGGUGCUGGAUUCCAUGCUGUACAAGCCUCCUCUCCCUGCUGAUGGGCACAUCCAGGAGAUCCUCCGGGACAAGAUAGUCAACCCACUGAGACAGAAGGGCUUUGUUGCUGCCAAGAGUGUAAUGGAUCUUCGGUACCAGCUGACUGAAAAAGGACAGUCCUCCAGUUUUGUCACUUCGGAGAAAGACCCCGAGGAGUUUCUGAAUCUCAUUAUGCAUCGCAUUCUUGGACUAGAGCCGCUUUUGAAACUGCAGUCUGGAAGACUGAAAGAGCAGGAGUGCUACUGCUACCAGAUAUUCAUGGACAAGCAGGAGAAUCUGGUGGUGCCCAACGUACAGCAGCUAGUUGAGCAUUCCUUCCUCACAUCAGACCUCAAACUGGUGGAGAUCCCAUCCUGCUUUAUCCUUCAAAUGCCGCGUUUUGGGAAGGAGUACAAAAUGUUCAGCAAAAUCAUCCCUUCCUUGGAGCUGGAUAUCACUGAUCUGCUGCUGGAUAGUCCCAGGGAGUGUUUUGUGUGCGGCGACGUUGCCACUCAGGAAUGCUCGGCGUGCUUCAAAGACAAGAUGUUUGCUGACACGGGGCUGAAGCAAUACUGUGACUCUUGCUGCAGUCAGGCUCACUCCCAUUACCAGCGGAAAGCCCAUCAGACAACAAAGCUCCGCAUCCCCAAGGAAUUUGGCCAGGGUAGCCGUCGCGAUGGCGUGCGGGUGCCUCGGGAGAAACUGGAGCUGUUUGCCGUUCUCUGCAUCGAGACCAGCCACUAUGUGUCCUUUGUGAAAUACGGGCCGGAGAAAGAGAACUGGAUGUUUUUCGACAGCAUGGCAGACCGACAUGGUGACGAAAAUGGCUACAACAUCCCCACGGUGACGCUGUGCCCAGAGGUAGCCAAAUACCUGGAGAUGCCAGUGGCCUCCUUAGCCAUGGAACAGCCUCGGGACAUGGAAGGAGUAGCCAAGCGCCUCUUCUGUGAUGCCUACAUGUACAUGUACCAGAACAAGAAGAUGGAGCUUUAUAAAUGACUCCUGCACUGGAGGCGUAUGGCUUUGCGUCAGCAGAACGAAGAAUCUCAAGUAUUUUUCUGCAGCUGUUUCCUUCUGCUACGCUGUUUACAGCAGCACCUACCAGGAACUGAGGGAAGGCAACCGUGUUAACCAGAAGCAUCUGUGGUUCAGUCUCCUGCAAACCUGCAUUUAUCUGCUCUUUGGGAAUAUUGUUGGUAGAAUAAGUUUAUCAACGCACCCUCAGUUUGUCAUUCCCUUUGAACUAAGUUUUUGCUCAUCACCUUCAGACUGAUGUGCCCUGACCCCUUCAUUGGGCCACAGCUACGGAACAUGGAAACUGAAGGUCAGGUCUGGAAAAAGACUUUCUGGACUGUAACUCUGAAGCCAGAAGCCUCCAGUUCCAUUUCUGGCCUGAUCCGAUUCCAGAGAUUCAGAAUCCCAUGAGAAUUCCCCUUCCUGAGCAGAGCGAUGGGGAUUUAGUGUCACAGAGAAGGAAUUUUCACAAACUCUGGCCUGGGUUUGACUAGGGAUCCUGUGACCGAUAUCUGUGACUCUUCUGCACAAUUCCUUUUUUAUUGAUCCCUGGGCAUUUAUUACAAUGCCCACUCCCAAACCUGGCAUUUUAAGAUUAGGGGCUGUAAAACUAGAUGCAAGUUGGGGCUUCGGGCUGAAGUUUCAUGUUGAUUUUGUGUCUCAGGUUGGACAUACAGCCGUCCAAGAUCAUAUUGCCCAAAUCUUGGGGGAACCUCACAUGCUGCUUCUGCUUUUUCGUUUUUGCUGAGGCAGCACUGUGUACUAUCAGGCCUCCAGCCAAAGCAGUCAGCACGCUGGAGGGGCAGCAACUUUGGGGGUUAGCCGCUGUGCCUCUGAUUUAAUUAAACCGUGUUCUCUCUCACAAGGUACACCAGCAAGAAAUUCAGGAAAGUAUCUAGUGAGCCUUGUGCUUCCUAGCUAGUUACCAUUUUCUGGUGCAAACGCGUCCCUGGAUUUUCCUGUGAAAAUUCUGAGAAAGCUGUAUAGGUGAUCUUCCCUAGGUCCUGUAAUUUUUUUUCCCUGUAGGUUGAUUUCUUUUAUCAGUUCAUAUAACCUUAGUUUCCAUCUCUAAGUGCCAGGGUGAUCAAGGAUUCUUCCAUAAGUAUCAGCUACAAAAUCCUUUGAAUAGGACACAUUAAGGCUGUCUUUCUCGGUUAUGUGGGUUUUAUACAAUCAUUCCUCUGACUGAUUCCCAUUUCCACAGCCCCAAAACAACAGCUUUCUUAUCUUCUGCCCUAGUAAAUACUGUGAAAUAAAGCUUGCAGGAGAAAGGGAAAAGUGCCUUAUCCAUGUGGCAGUAUUAACUCUAGCCCUUUAAAUUGGAUCCUCUUUUCCCCUCUAAAAAUGUAUUGUAACGCGUUAUUACUGAGGUUUCUUGCACUUCAGCCUCAGAUCAGUACUUCAGUUUCUGCACUUUUCAAACAAUGCUACAUUUUUUGGGAGAAAAUUAUACUUGAUAUAAAGGUUGAAGAUUUAUCUUUAUAAAUAUUUUCAAUUCCAAGAUGGGGGCACGCUGGUAAGUUAAUUACUGUAAUAAAUAGGUGGCAUUUUUGCUGCUGCUCUCUGGUUUUAUUUUGUUGCAGGCCAGACUCGGAGUCUGCUUGCUUGGAAUAAUCUUCUUUCCCUCCUUGCUGUGAUCUCUGGAAAACAGAAGGAACUUUUUGUAUGCGUGAUGUCUAUUUAAAACAUGUCUUCCAAUACAGCCUUAUUUUUCACUUGA